AUGAUGAAGGGCUCAAGUUCAAGCAAGUAUGAGGUAGGUGAAGUUAUUUGGGUAGCCAAAGAUGCUAUUCUCUCGGGCUGUUUUAUUGGUAAUCAAGAAGAGAGUGUGAAGUUGUGUGAUGGGAAGGAAAAGGCUCUUAUUUCUUCUAUGCACCUUAUGGACAGCUGUGUUAGUGGGGUGGAUAAAUCGGGUAAGGGGAAUGAACCUCUUAGCAAUAGUUCUCUUGCUAUGGAAAGUGGGGUGAGUAAAAUUGAAGUGUCGGUUGAACCAAAGGCUUCUUCUAAUAGCUUCGAAGAUAAACCUGUUGGUGUCGGGAAGAGGGACAAGAAUUGGAAGCGGUUUAGUGUUGUGGAGGUGAUUUCCUUUGGGCAUGGGGGAUGCAUUUUCAAGUUCUUGGAUGAGCGGACAAAAUUGGAGGUGUUGGAGAGUGGUCCAUGCGUUAUAGGAGGUCAGCUAUUAUUCUUGAAGCAAUGGUGUCCAAACUUGAUCUCGGGUAUGAAUGGAGUGACUAGAGUGCCCAUUUGGGCAAAAUUCCAUGGAGUUCCCCUUGAGUAUUGGACCCCUAAGGGUUUGAGUCACAUUGCAAGUGUUGUGGGAGUGCCCCUAUACAUGGAUAUAAUAACCAAAUAUGGUGCAAGGCUUGAUUUUGCUAAGGUUUGUCUAGAGAUGGAUUCUUCUUCGGAUUUUAAGGAGUCCUUUGAGUUAAAGUUACCAAAUGGGGAGAUAGCUAGUAUAAAGGUGGAGUAUUCGUGGAAACCCUUUACUUGUGCAUGGUGCAAAACCUUUGGGCAUGCCUAA